AUGAAUGUGUUAAGCUGGAACUGUCAGGGGUUGGGGAACCUUAAGAGAGUUCGUGUUCUUUGUGAUUUGAUAAAAUCACAUAAACCCGAUGUCCUUUUUCUUUCUGAAACUAUUUCAAAAGCAGAUAGUAUAGAGCAACUUCGUAUUAAGUUUGGUUUUUCUCAAUGUUUCGCAAUAAAUUGUAUUGGUCGUAGUGGUGGUCUUGGUAUCUUUUGGCGUAACAACGCAGCUUGUGAAAUAAAUGGGUACUCCCAGAAUCAUGUUGAUAUUCUUUUUAAACAUAAUAACACCGUUAGUUGGCGUCUUACGUGUUUUUAUGGGUUCCCUGAAAGAUCAAGGCGUCAGAACUCAUGGAACCUUAUUUGCAAUCUAGCAAAUUUGUCUGAUCUCCCGUGGUGUAUCGUGGGAGAUUUCAAUGAUCUCCUUUAUGAUUCGGACAAAUGGGGCGGAGUUCCACAUCCCAGAAGCUUAAUGGAGGGUUUUCGAAAUGCUAUAGAUGACAGUCUGCUUGCUGAGCUUGAUCUUUAUGGAGGCAAAUUCACCUGGGAACGAUGUCGAGGCAAACCAGGGUGGGUGAAGGAAAGACUCGAUAGGUGUUUUGCUAAUCAGGCCUGGUGGAAUCUAUUCCCUCUCUGUAAGCUUUCAGUAUCUCAUGCUUCAGCUUCGGAUCACGAUCCAUUACUCUUAGACCUGCUCAUCUCAGUGUCGAGUUUCAUGGCUCGUUGGGGCAGAAACUUCUUCCACAAAUUCCGGGAUAAAGUCAAAAAACAGAAAGAGAUAGUAGCUAGCUUUUCCGACCGAACUGAUAUGCCAGGAGUGGAACAGUAUUUCAUUGAGAAAGAAAAGCUAAAUGUAUUGUUGCUUCAUGAGGAAACUUAUUGGAAACAACGAGCGAAGAAUUACUGGCUAGCUGAGGGCGAUGCGAAUACAAAGUUUUUUCAUGCCACUGCUUCUGCAAGAAAGAGAACAAAUCAUAUUGCAUUUCCAGAGAACGAUGAGGGUGAGCAAAUUCAUAACCAUGAGGAUAUGUGCCAAGUUGUUAAGGGCUAUUUCACAGAGGUGUUUUCGAGGGGCAGAAGUCAUAAUGCUAGUCCCAAUCUGCCAUCUGAUAGGCGUGUCACAGCGGCUCAGAAUGCAGAUCUUGUGGCUGAAGUGACAUUUGAGGAAUUUACAACUGCAGUUAAAUAG